GCGGAUGUCCCUCCCAAGCCCUACAUGGUCCCAGAGAGAGAAGGCUCCAUGCAUUUCUACUCCAGCUGCCCUUUUACCUGCAUCAUCUUCAGACAGUGAUUCUGGCUGCGCCCUGGAAGAUUACAUAGGACUUGCUACAGAAAUCCCCCCAGCAGAGGUGGCAAUACACUUUGGUUCUCAAUCAUUCAAUGCAGUCCCUGCUACCACUCCGAAUUGGCUCCACAUCAAAGCUCUCCUUCAGCAACUGCCUCCACAAGACUGCGAUGAGAAAUAUUGCCCAUCCAUUGGGGAAGAGGAGAGGGAGCAACUGCGAACAUUUUCUGCACGGCGGCGGCAGGAAUCACUGGGCCAGGGUGUUACGUGCCUGGUAUCCUCUCCAACCCAUGGCUGUUUCUGCAAAAAGUGUGGCAAGAAGAUAAACACAGGUGAACAGGGUGUCUUAGCAUCCAAACUGGGAGAGCACUGCUGCUGGCAUCCAGCCUGCUUUGUCUGUCACACCUGUCUUCAGCCCCUUGUGGAUCUCAUCUACUUCCAUCGGGAUGGCAAGAUCUACUGUGGACGGCAUCAUGCAGAGUUCUUCCGUCCACGCUGCGCUUCAUGUGAUCAGCUGAUCUUCACCCUGGAGUGCAUGGAGGCUGAAGGCCUGUGCUGGCAUGAAGAGCACUUCUGCUGCCUGGAGUGUGACUUGCCCCUGGGAGCACGGCGGUAUGUCAUGAAGGGUGGCCAACCCUACUGCUGCGCCUGUUUUGAGAGUCUUUAUGCAGACGUCUGCCAAGCCUGUGGAGAGAUUAUUGGUGUUGACAGUGAACAGGCCACCCUCCAAGGUCAGCACUGGCAUGCCAAAGGCUCCUGUUUCUGCUGCAGCCUUUGCCAGAAAGCAUUAUUAGGCCAGCUAAUCACAACUCACCACGGCCUCCUGUUUUGCUCAGAGGCCUGCAGCUUGGAGAAGGAGUCAGCGCUAUCAUCCACAGGCUCAGAUUCCUCGGACUCUGCUUUCCUCUCAGCCCCUUCCCCUGACUCCACGCCCAUCUCUAGAACCAAAAACAGCAGCCUGAGUUGCUCCUUUGCAGCUGCAAGAACCAACAGUGAGCCGUGUGCUCAAACUGUGGAAGAAGGAACCUCAUAGUUAACCUGGGUCUCUUUGCUGCGGGAGUUUGGGUAGCCAGAAACUUAACAGACAUCGAUUUGAUGGCGCCCCAGCCCAUUGCGUAG